UCUUGUAAGAAAUUGUGUUCAUGAAACAACACAAAGUGGUUUUCAUACACCCAGACUUGGGCAUUGGAGGUGCAGAAAGGUGGCUUGUCGACGCUGCUAUGGCAGUCUUACAGAAGGGUCACGAUGUUAAGAUAUAUACCGCCUCUUGGGAUCCCAACAGAUGCUUUCCCGAAACCAAGGACGGCAGUUUGAAAAUAGUAAAGCCACCUUUCAUGAUUAUUCCAAGAACAAUAUUUGGAAAGUUUCAAGCCAUCUGUGCUCUUGUGAGAUGUUUUUUGCUGACUAUUUGGUUGUUGUUCGUGGAACCAACGCCCGACGUUGUAAUAGUCGAUGCAGUAUCCUCGCCUCUUGUAUUAUUGACAUUGUUCGGUAUUCCUUCCUUGUUUUACUGCCACUUUCCUGAUCUAUUGUUAGCUAAAAGAGAAAACCGAAGUUGUUUAUAUCACAGCUAUCGAAGGUGGAUGGACAAGAUGGAGGAAUACACCUUAUCACUGGCGCAACGAAUAGUGGUCAACAGUCACUUUACGGCGCAAGUGUUUCAAGACACGUUUCCUGAACUAGCCAAGAAAAGUGCCAUUGCCGUACUUUAUCCGUGUAUUGCCGUGGAGCCUUAUGUACGACUGGACAGUCUAUCUUCAACAACCAUAGUAUCUUUGAAUCGUUUUGAAACUAAGAAGCACGUUGACUUGUUAAUUCACGCCAUAGCAUAUAUACGUGAUACACAGAAGCUAACCAAUGAGCAGUGGAUUGACUUGGUGGUAGUGAUAGCAGGUGGCUAUGAUACCCGGGUUGAUGAAAACGUCACAUGUCUGCAGCAUCUAAGGUCUUUAGUUGAACAUUUAGACUUGACCAGUAAGGUCGAAUUUCUGUUGAAUAUUUCUGAUGAGGAAAGAAGAUCUUUGUUGUCAAGUUGUAAAAUGGUGGUUUACACACCCAUCGAUGAGCAUUUCGGUAUUGUUCCUUUAGAAGCAAUGGCAAUGAAGAAACCUGUGAUUGCUCACAACAGCGGUGGACCAAAGGAAACUAUUAUUGAUGGUGAGACAGGAUUGCUUUGCGAAGACUCUCCUGAGGUAGGUUGCACCUUGUUGUGAAACUCUAUUGUUUCAUACCUUCACCAAAAGGACUUUGCUUGUGC